GUAACCUCACCGUUUGUUAACCGGAUCUGACGCCGCUACAAUCCUUCCAAUUGUACAAAACAACGGGCGGGGGUAUUGUUCAUCCGAAUCCUUGCUGCCAGCGUCGCUAGAAAACCCUAGCAAAAACUCUUCCACGGAUGAUGAAGAGGCCAUCUCGGACCAGCAACACUGCAGACAAAAUCUCUCAAAACCCAACAUCCUCCUCCAGGAUUCCAUUUCGUCCCCAAAAAAUCCGAAAACUUAUUACCCCCGCCCCUCCUAAUCCUGUCGACAAUCCUGUUAAUUCGCCCAAAAUUGUUAAGCCGCUUACAUUCGAUGGCGAAAUAGACCUCGCUCUGCAAUAUCUACGCGGCACAGAUCCUCUUUUAGCAACCCUCAUAGACACACAUCGUCCACCCUCAUUUGAGUCUGGUCGAACGCCAUUUUUGUCUCUCGUUAAGAGUAUACUCUAUCAGCAACUGGCCUACAAGGCUGCGAAAUCAAUCUACGAUCGUUUCCUCUCCCUGCUUGGGGGCGAAGAUAAGGUCCUUGCUGAUGCAGUUAUAUCCAUCUCAGCUCAACGGCUACGUGAAUUGGGAGUUUCGUUUCGAAAAGCGAGCUACAUUCAUGACCUAGCAGACAAGUAUAUGAAGGGGAUUUUAUCGGAUGAUUUGAUUCUUCAAAUGGACGAUGAGAUGCUUUUCAAAAUGUUGACGAGUGUGAAGGGUGUUGGCCCGUGGUCUGUUCACAUGUUUAUGAUGUUCUCACUGCACAAGCCUGAUGUUUUACCGGUCAGUGAUUUGGGAGUGAGAAAAGGAGUGCAAGCUCUGUAUGGAUUGAAAGAGUUGCCAGGGGCUUUGAAAAUGGAAGAGGUUUGUGAGAAGUGGAGGCCCUACAGGUCUGUUGGGGCUUGGUACAUGUGGAGAUUAAUGGAAGCCAAAGGAACUUCACCAAAUGGAAGUACAGGGCUGGAUGGUUGCACUGAUCCGAAAUGUAAAUGGAUUAAGAAGAGAGAUGACUGUCAAUCCAUUAGAGAACAUGGGUGAGGUGCAUAUGGUAAAACUGAACAUGUGGAACUAUAAACACCAAUUGAGCAGACAAUCAAGAGGAGGCUCAUGAAGAAGAACCUAGUUCCCCAAUGUCAUUGCAAAAGGGCUCAACUUCUCAUGUUAGAGAUCCUUCCAAAUCUCUAACUGCUGGAUUUGGAUAAACUGCCGCGACAAUUUGUGAUUUAUUUGUUGAAUCUUUUAGAAAACAUGGAGACAUUAACAAACUGCAUCUUCAAAGAUAAAAGAGGAUUGCAGUGACAUAAGAACUUGCAUUUAUUUUGUUACCAAACAUAAAAAAUUAUUAUUUUGUUAUUAUGUAUGUGAUAAUAUUUUACA